UGACAUAUGUAUGUGAGUUAAGUCGGUUUGUGAGAGCACUGUAUCGUUUUAAUGCAUUUAAGUUCGAGUUUCUCUUACUAGAGCAUAAUCUUGAAAAAAGUGCAAAAUACCCAAUUGGGUGGGUGGGGUCUUCUCAUUUAUGUUGACAUGUGUACGUAAGUUUAAAUUAGUUUGUGAGAGCAUUGUGUCGUUUUUAUGCAUUUAAGUUCGAGUUUCUCUUCAUUUUUUAAAGUAUUUUUCCUUUGUACUCUUUUAUGUUUGAUUUUUUAUUUUUUGGGUUUUUAAGCCAUGCGGAAGUCAAUGAUACAAUUGCGUGUUCCAUGUGUUUGACAUGUAAGCAUGUUAACAAAAAUUUCAUGGAAAAUUCGAGAACCAAAUCCAAUGAAUAUUUAAUUCAGAAACCAAAGUUACAGUUCAGUAAUAAUUCAAGGUCAUUACUCUAAUUUCUCUUUUUUUUUUAUAUUUAGUUUUAGAGUCUGGGCUUUCAUUAGAGCCCAAACAAAUGGAAAAGUGAGCAUUGGGCUUUCAAGUGAUUGGCCCACUUGAGAGUUGAGCGUGCCACCUGGACCUGCCACGCAAUCAGUAGCGUUGAACCGGUCAUCGACAUUUGGGCCUAGGCCUCUGCAGUCUGGAGUGCAGAUUUACGCGGGCGCGGUUUCUUAUUUUUAUUUUUAUUUCUUUUUAUUUUUAACAUCGGCAGCUGCCGGAGGACGCAGAGAUGGGGAACUUGCUGGACAAGGAACCACCGCCGCCCAUGGUGCUCGUCCCGCCGCUUUUCGACUACCCCCCGCUCGCCGCCCGCACCAGGAUGUUGGAGUCGUCGUAUGACUUGUUGUUUGGGAAACUUGCUCUGAAAUGUCUGUUUGACGAUUACUUUGAACAAGCUUGUCAUUUCAGCACAAUGAUCAUGCUGAAGCCCAUCGACGAUCCUCACGUCGAUUUGGUUGCAACCGUUUCAGGACCGCUCGAUCACAAACCCGAGGAGAAUAUAGUUGGAAAUGCAUUUUUUCGCUGGCAAAGUGAUGUUGAUGAUCCUCACACAUUCAUGGACCUCUUUGUAUCGAACACUGAUCCGGUUUUGCAGAUGAGGGCCUGUGCUUACUACCCUAGAUAUGGACUGGGAGCGUUUGGAAUUUUCCCAAUGUUGCUGAAAAAAAGAAUAACUUCUGAAGACUUUGGUGUUAUGGGAUUGAGAUAUGGCUCGUCAAACUUGUCAAUUGGAGCCACUGUCAUGCCCUUCUCCUUGAAAGAUGAUUGUCCAAGAAGGGCAUGGUUGGUGAGCAAGAUGGGAAGACUAACAGCUGGGGUGCAGUAUGAGCCUGAAUAUGGGAGUAAAGAUACUCAAAACUACAAAAAUUUAAAGAAUUGGAGUGCUGCAAUUGGUUAUGGAGUGGGAUCGAGCAGCCCUUUGAGUCCAUCAUUCAAUUUUGGUCUGGAGUUAUCAAGAAGUUCUCAGUUCAUUGCCUCAUUCUAUCAACACGUGGUGGUCCAAAGACGGGUGAAAAACCCCCUCGAAGAAAAUGAAGUAGUUGGAAUUACGAAUUAUAUAGAUUUUGGCUUUGAAUUGCAGACAAGGGUUGGUGAUAUCAAAUCAUCAAGCGAUGUACCAGAAUCAAACGAUGUUCCAGAAUCAAGCGAUGUACCUAAAUCGAGCAAUGGACCUAAUGUCCAAGAUUCCACCUUUCAAGUAGCUGCAUCCUGGCAAGCCAAUAAGAACUUCAUGCUCAAGGGAAAGGUGGGCCCUCUCAGCUCAUCGAUAGCAUUGGCAUUUAAAUCCUGGUGGAAACCUUCUUUCACAUUCAGCGUUUCAGCUACGAGAAAUCACAUUGUUGGGGAGACAGGUUAUGGUUUUGGCCUUCGCGUGGAGAAUCUUAGACAAGCCAGUUAUCAAAGAGCUGAUCCAAAUUUCGUCAUGUUGACACCGAACAAGGAGCACCUGGCAGAAGGCAUUGUUUGGAAAGCAGGGAAAAGACCGAUGCUGCAGUCAGAUAUAAAUGCCGGAAAUUUUGACGGCAUUCCAAAGGAACUAAGACCCCUGGGGAAGAUCUUGUAACGCAUCCUCUCUCUGACCUUUUUCCCUUUCAAGAACUGAUCAAUGCUUAUACGAGCAUUCAAAAUCUUCGAGUCGAAGCUCGUCUGCAUUUUUCGUAGAAGAGGCGGCUUUAAUUUUCGUUGUCUUUGGGGGUUUAUAAGAAAAUAAAGUAGGAGGUCGGAUUCAUGCGUCUUGUGAAUAUGCGUACUCCUAGCCCUAGGAGACUAAUCUAAUCAAUUGUUUUUAGUUC